AUGUCUACACGCAGAUCUGAUGCAGAGCCUGGUGCUAUUAGGCACCAGCUGCCCGCUCCGCACGCAUCACCUUACCGAGAAAACAUUGACACACCUCUUCACCCUGUGCCUCCCAGUAUUCAUGCUCCUGACUUUGUCAAGCAGCUUGAAGACAACCAAACCUCAAGCCCUCGAUCGACUCUAAGCGGGAGCACUUACGCUGCCGAUAUCGCACCUCUCAGAUGGUUUGGGUUACUCGCUGGAGAUGCAACAAAUGCAGACUGGAAUUUCAAUCCCAUCUCGCCGAACCUCAUCACAACCCAAAGCAACGUCUCUAACAAUGUAGCUCAGUACACCAGUGCAAGUUCGUUUGCUCGGCCUUCUGGACUCAUUCAAGGAUCAUAUACGCCUUCAAUCAUUCCACACGAAGUAGUCGCUCUCUCGGAUCUGGAAGUUUCUCUGUUCAAAUUUUUCGUUACACGCUUCAGCCGCUGGAUCGAUCUGACAGACCCUAAUCGUCACUUCUCAGUCAUGGUACCUCAUCUUGCCUUGCGAAAUCAAGGUCUGAUGAAAGCGAUACUGGCUCUCUGCGCAAGGCACCUGUCAAUCAAGCCGCUACCGGACUUAGCUCCUGAACGUACACUUGCAGUGCAAUAUUACUAUGAAACACUUCAAUAUCUUCAGCAGGCCAUGAAAAGCGAAGCAUAUCUCCGUAGCGAAGAGCUCCUGGUCACAUGCUUGAUCAUUAGUACCUACGAGAUGAUUGAUGGGGAAGGUCAAAGCUGGGAACGACAUCUAAGAGGCAUCUUCUGGGUGCAAAGGUCUCGUGAGAUCAAUGGCGAAUCCGGAGGUCUCAAUCAGGCUAUAUGGUGGGCAUGGUUGCGUCAGGAUGUCUGGGCCGCCUUUCGAGAAGGCCGUAAAGUCUUGAGCUUCUUUAAGCCUACCAAGCCAUAUUACGCCAUGGAUCACUGGGAUAUCGCCGCAAGAUGUGUCUACUUGGUGGCACAGUGCGUCAACUACAGCUCAGAGCAGGAGGUUGAAGCUGGCAAGAAUGACCUGAUCAUGCGAUUGGCCAAAGCUGACGAACUGUCAACAAAGUUAGAAGAUUGGUAUCAACAUCUGACAAGCCAUUUCAACCCCUUGCCUUGUCUCAACACCUCUCACGGGCCAUUCAAACCUAUAUGGAUACAUCCUCCUGUAUUCGCAGCUGGCCUGCAGCUCUAUCAUAUCGCAAAGAUUCUCCUACAGAUAUGGACUCCUGCAGCUGGCGGACUCAAGGAAUACGUGUCGAGAGAGCGUGCCCUCAACGAAUCGAUCGACGUGAUAUGCGGCAUCGCUCUUGCUACCGAGGACGAUGCGGCCAUGGUUAUAUCCACGCAGUGUAUCUUUGCUGCUGGUCUACAUACACAAGACCCGAUCAAGAGAGGUGCCAUUCUAGAAAUUAUUGCCCAAUCUCAAAAUCGCACUGGCUGGCCAGUUCAUGACCUUCGCGUCGACUUAGAAUCAGAAUGGACCAAAACGGACCAUCCGGCAUGA